AUGUCGAAGAUCCGCUACGUCGCGGUCCCGGACGUGCGCGCGAAGGCGGUGACGAGCUCGCAGAUCACCGCGUCCUCCGCGGAGACCGGACGCGAGGACGACGAGGAGAGAGAAAAAGAAAAAGACGCGCCCGCGCGCCCGCGCGACGACGACUUCGCCGCGCUGCUUCGCGAGCUCCCCGCGAGCGCGGCGCGGAUCGCCCGCGCGCCGAUCGCGCCCGUGACCGAGCUCGCGGCGCACGUGAUGAACGAGAAGCGACCGCGCGCGCUCGUCGACCGGGCGCGACUCGACGCGCUCUUAAACGACGACCUCGCGCCUCCGCCGCCGCCGCCGCCGCCGCCGUCGUCGUCGCCCCAGCUCGAGAUCGAGCCGCCGUCCGCGGCGCUCCUCGACGCGAUGGAGACGGCCGCGGAGGAUGAACCCGACGACGACGCGAUCGCGCCCGUGGAGACGCCGAUCCCGUCGUCGCCGCGCGCGCCCAGCGCGACCGCGUCGACGUUCCGCGCCGUCGCCGACGCGCGCGCGGGACGCUGCCGCGCCGCGCUCGCGCUCGCGCCCGUCCCGACGACGACGCUCGACGCGCGGAUGAAGCGCGACCGCGCGCCGUUCGACGCCGCGGCGCGACGCGCGAUGAGUCGCGCGCUGUCCGACGACCUGACGCUCGCGGGAGGAGGAGGGGGGGGGGGCGGAGACGGAGGCAUCGACGAGGUGCCGACGCCGAUGUUCCUGGACGGCCCCGGCGGACGCGGACGCGACCGCGUGCGCGGCGGCGCCGUGCGCGAGCUCAUCGACGAGCUCGGCGCGCGGCCGGUCCGCGUCGCGACGACGACCGCUACGCUUCCGCCUCUGGAGACGAUCUUGAAGACACCGCGCGCGGUGUUGGAGGAGCGCCCGGAGAUCCCCGAGGCGGCGGAGGAAGAAAACGUCGACGCCGCGGCGACGGAAGCGCGCGUCCGCGACGGCGGCGCGCUCCUCGCCGCGAUGACGCUCGCGGACGGCGACGCGCGCGCGAACGAAGAACACGACUUCCGCGGGCCCGGGUCCGUCGCCGGCGCGCUCGACGCCGCGACGAGGGCGGCGAACGACGCGAUCGAGAGAGAGGAUGCGGCGCUCCUCGCGGCGACGGCGGAGGCGGAAGCGCGCGCCGCGGCGGCGGCGCGCGCGCGGGAGGCGGAGAGAAACAAGGCGGUGACCGCGCGCAUCGACGCCGCGCCCGCGGCGAAGGAUCUCACGUUCUUCCUGCGCCCGGACGUGCAGCAGCAGCAGCAGCAGCAGAGGCAACAUCGGCAACAGCAGACGCAGCCUGAGAAGCCGAGGCCGCGACCGCCGCCGCCGCGACCGCCGCCGCCGCAACCGCCGCCGCCGCCGCCGCCGCGGGGUCCGGUGGUGAACCCGAUCUACGCGCCCGCGCCUCCUCCGCCCGGGCCGACGCAUCCGACGCACAUCAGUGUGGAUGAGAUCGACGACGACGAGCUCUUGAUGCUCGAGAGGAUCGAGCGGGACGUCAUCGACUCGAGACGCGCGGCGGAGGUGCCCUCGUUCCCGUCGCCGCCGCGGAGCGCCGCGUCGCCGCCGCCGAUGCCGCCGCCGCCGCCGCGACCGAUGCCGCCGCCGCACUGGCAGCGCCGGGAAGAUCAACACGCGGAGUGGCAGCGGCAUCAACAUGCGCGAUGGGAGGAAGAGGACGCGAGAGGCGGCGGGUGGGAGCCGCGGCGCGGCGGGGGCGACGACGGUCCGCGGAUGACGCCGCCGUCGCCGCUGCGGACGUUUCGCGACGAAGCGAAUCGCGCGCCGCCGCCGUCGUCGCGUCGCGAUCACGGCCAGCGGUUCGAGCGGCGCGACUACCUCGAAGACGCCGACGCGUUCGGGUACGCGAUGCCUCCGGCGGUGGAUUACGACCUUUCGCCCGCGCGUCGUCGGCGGCGGCUCGACAGCCGCGGCGGCGGCGGCGGCGGCGGCGGCGACGACGAUUACUUCCAGGACGACCGCUUCGACCGCGCGAUGCGGUCGUCGCCGCCGCCGCCGCGAGAAGACGCGCGCGCCGCCGCCGACGACGAAGCCCCCCCUUUCUUCGACGCGAACGACCCUCAGCUCGCGUACGGGUUCGGGAGGCACGGCGUCGGCGUCGGCGGCGGCGACGACGUCGCCGCCGCGCCGCCGGCGCCUCCGAGGAGCAAGACAGCGUCGCUGAUCGCCAACUGGCGCGAGACGAUGACGACGCGCGCGCCGCCGCCGCCGCCGCCGCCGCCGCCGCCGCCUCGGCAUCGCGCGCCGCCUCGCGACGCGGACUGGGGGCCGUCGUACUCACCCCCGCCGCGAAGCGAAGGACGGCGCCCGGUGCGGGAGUCGCAGAUGCGGCGGAGCGACGUCGACGUCGCGCCGCCGUCCGAGACGUUCCGUCGCGCGUUGUCGUCGUACGCGUCGGCGCGCGGAGGAGUCGGCGGCGGCGCGUACGAACCGCCUCCGCCCGUGCGUUACGAUCCGAUGCCGACGCGUGAUCCGCGCGACGUCUCGUCGUGGCGCGGAGGGUACGACGCGACGCCUCCGCGGUCCCAUCGCGGCGGCGGCGGAGGAGGAGGGUACACGCCGGAGCCGUUCGGUUCGGGCGGCGGCGGCGGCGGCGGCGGCGGCGGGUUCACGUCGCCGCCGCCGCCGAGGGACCCCACGCUCGCGCCGCCGUGGGGAAGCGCGGAGAAGAUGCGUCAGCUGAAACGCAAGAGAAGACUUCUGCACCCGCGCGACGAGAACCUGUGGGACGGCGACGGCGAGAGGAAGACUUUCGCGUCGCCGUCGCCGGGACCGCGCGAGCGGCGGCGGGGUGGGGGCGCGCCCGGCGGCGGCGGCGGCGGCGGCGGGAGGGCGCGCGCGGAGGAGCGACGAAGGGAGCAGGCGAACGAUUUCUACGUGAUGACGGAUAAGUUUAAGUUCAGGCGAUGA